AUGGGCCUUGGUUCGCACGUGCUGGGGGCAGCUGCCGUCGCUGCCUGCGUCUUGAGGCUUCAGCCACCGCCGCCACCCCCGAUUGGGCCUAGCGCUCGCCAGAUGCAGCCGCUGCGCACACAGCUGGAGCAUAGCCACAGCUGCUGCACCUUGGUUGACCCGCGUCUCAACACGCACACUCGCACACACACUCAUACACAGACAUUACGACAUGACGCUCGAUUGAUUGUGCCAAAAACGCCCAUGUCCGGCUGCGCCUGCUCCAGGCCGGACAGACAGGUGCUUACUUGGCUGGAGGCCCCGCCCGACUACAGGGGAAUGGCAGGUGGUGGUGGUGGUGAGAACAGUGGUACCGGCAGACAAAAACAGCAGCAGAAGCAAAACACGGCCAGCUUCGUGGGCGGCCUUGAUUGCGCGCCAGCUGGGCGGCUCAAGGGCAGCGGAAGGGCAGCGGAAGGGCAGCGGAAGGGCAGCGGGAAGGCAGCGGCAGUGACAGUGACAGUGACAGCGACAGCGACAGACUCAGCUCACUCGCACUCGCACUCGCACUCGACAGGCGCCGGCCGACGGGCGCGGCGUGCAGGGCGCUACCGUCCCUACCGCGCGUGCAGUCAUGGUGCUUGCAGCUUGCUCGUCUUGUCUGACCGGAUUUCCUGGCCCCACCGCACGCGUGCAUUUGGGCCCGCUGGUGACUCUUUCGGCCUGCACCCUGGGCGGCGCUGGCAGCAGUUCGCCCGCUGCCGAGUCGGACGUGGCACCUAA